UCCGUGCCCAGCCCUGCUCCGUGCCCAGCCCGGCUCCGCGGGGAGCAGCGCUCCGUCCCUGCCGCCGCCAGCCCGCCCUGGCUCCGGGGCCAGCCGGGGACACAGGUCUCUGGACAAAAUGGGGAAUGGAUUAGUGAAACCCAAGCACCUGAGGCAGCCAAACAGGCAUGUAGCAAACCUCGCUAUUGGCUGUGCUGCCAGCCAUAAGUUUUUGAUGGACCCAUGCAUAGGCAUCAAUGUGAUCAAUGGGCAGGCUGAUGUUCUCUGCAGCAAGGUACUYGAACUGGAAAAGGAGCUGAGGAGAAAAGAUCAGCAGCUGCAAGAGAGUCAAAGCCAUGUUGCUGAGCUUCAGGAACAGCUGGCUAUGCAGACUAAGGUCAUAGCAGAGCUCACCAAGGAGCUUCAGAACAAGUGUAUACAGCUGAACAAGCUGCAGGAUGUUGUUAGCACUCAAGGAGAGCACUCUCUUCAGCCUUCUCCAUUUCAAGUUUCUGCUGAUAGGAGGAGAGGAGCCAAGGAAGGUGUGUCUGCAGAGCCAACAACACGACUCUGUGAUCUGAGCAGGCAAACUGUGUUUUCYCUUGAAAAAGCUACAGUCCGAAAGGAUUCCAGUGAGAAGAAGCUUAUCACAGAUGCCCUGAAUAAAAACCAGUUCUUGAAGAGACUGGAGCCUCACCAGACCCGAGACAUGGUGGAAUGUAUGUAUGAGAGGACAUUUCAGCAAGGCAGCUACGUCAUCAGACAGGGAGAACCAGSCACACACAUCUUUGUGCUCAAAGAGGGCAGUCUGGAAGUCUUUCAGCAGAAUAAACUGCUCUCCUCAAUACCUGUGUGGACAGCRUUUGGUGAACUGGCCAUUUUAUACAACUGCACACGGACAGCUUCUGUGAAAGCAAUCACUAAUGUUAAAACAUGGGCACUGGACAGAGAAGUGUUCCAAAAUAUCAUGAGAGUGACAGCACAAACCAGACAAGAGCAAUACAGAAACUUCCUCAGAAGUGUGUCCCUGCUGAAAAACUUACCUGAAGAUAAAUUAACCAAGAUCAUGGACUGCUUGGAAGUGGAGUACUAUGACAAGGGUGAUUACAUUAUUCGGGAAGGAGAAGAAGGAAAUACCUUCUUUAUAAUAGCAAAAGGAAAGGUGAUAGUUACCCAGAGUAGAGCAGACCACUCACAGCCUCAGGUGAUCAAAAACCUACACAAAGGAGAUUACUUUGGAGAAAAGGCUCUCAUUAGUGAYGAUGUCAGAUCAGCAAACGUUAUUGCAGAUGAAUACAACGUGGAGUGUCUCGUCAUAGACAGAGAGACAUUUAAUCAAACAGUUGGAACUUAUGAGGAGCUGCAAACUUACCUGGAAGGUUAUGUGGCUAAUCUGGCCCAGGCUGAUGAAAAGCGACAAGCAAAAGGAAGAUCCUUCUGUGGACAGUUGACCAAAGAGGUGUCUUUGGAGAUGAUAGAGCUGAAGGAGAAAGUAGCCCAGUUCCCUCCUUCCCCAUUCCAGAAUUUAGAAGUUGUCACAACUCUGGGUGUUGGUGGGUUCGGAAGGGUUGAGCUUGUUAAAGUGAAAAAUGAGAACAUGGCUUUUGCUAUGAAAUGUAUAAAGAAGAAACACGUAGUGGACACCAAACAACAAGAGCAUAUCUAUUCUGAGAAGAAAAUCCUCGAGCAGAUAUGUUCUCCAUUCAUUGUAAAGCUGUAUCGCACAUUCAAGGAUAACAAGUAUGUGUACAUGCUCCUGGAGGCUUGCCUUGGAGGGGAAUUGUGGAGCUUGCUGAGAGACAGAGGCAGCUUUGAUGAAUUCACCACCAAGUUUUGUGUUGGGUGUGUGACAGAGGCCUUUGACUAUCUACAUCAAAUAGGAAUUAUCUACAGAGACCUGAAGCCAGAAAACUUGAUUUUGGAUGCUGAAGGAUAUAUAAAAYUGGUUGAUUUUGGAUUUGCAAAGAAGAUUGGAUCAGGGCAGAAAACGUGGACGUUUUGUGGAACCCCUGAGUAUGUUGCCCCUGAAGUCAUUCUGAGUAAAGGCCAUGACUUCAGUGUGGAUUUUUGGUCCCUUGGGAUUCUUGUGUAUGAGCUCCUCACUGGCAGCCCACCAUUCUCUGGGGCUGAUCAAAUGAUGACAUACAAUUUGAUUCUCAAAGGCAUUGAAAAGCUGGAUUUUCCUAAGAUAAUAACGAGGCGACCUGAGGAUUUGAUCCGCAAACUCUGCAGGCAAAAUCCUACAGAAAGAUUAGGCAAUUUGAGAAAUGGAAUUAAUGACAUCAAGAAGCACAGGUGGUUGAGUGGUUUUAACUGGGAUAGCCUGAAAGUGAGGAAAUUAACGUCGCCUUUAAAAAGAGAGUUGUCUGGACCGACUGAUUACAGCUACUUUGACAGCUAUCCACCUGAAGUGGGAAGCCCUCCAGAUGAACUUUCAGGCUGGGACAAGGAUUUCUGACCAUUUUUGCUUCUGGGAUUGUUAUAGAGACUCAUAGCAU